CCCUUUAUAGGCUGCUGACUAACACCUGACUAGACGUCAUAUAUAAGAAAAAAGCUGGGACUAAGCCCUUCAUCGCCUACUGGUGCUUGCAUCUCAGCUUUGGACGCACCAACACCGAGACUACGACAGGAUGAAGCUGCUGCUGCUUGCUGUGGCUUCCCUUCUGGCCGUGGCCAGCUGUGCAAGCAUCUCUCUGGAGGACCUGGAGUUCCACGCAUGGAAACUCAAGUUUGGAAAGUCCUACAGUUCUACAUGGGAGGAGUCUCAUCGCAAGCAAAUCUGGCUGAACAAUCGUCGCCUGGUGCUGGUGCACAACAUCAUGGCUGACCAAGGGAUUCGCUCCUACCGCCUUGGAAUGACCUUCUUUGCUGAUUUAGAAAAUCAGGAGUACAAGCGUCAGGUUUCCCAGGGAUGUCUGCUCAACUUCAACACUUCCCUCCCUCGCGGCGGCUCCACUUUUCUGCCACAGUCCGAAGGAGCUGACCUACCCCACACUGUGGACUGGAGGAACAAGGGCUACGUCACCGACGUCAAGGACCAGAAGCAGUGUGGUUCCUGCUGGGCCUUCAGCACAACCGGGUCUCUGGAGGGUCAGACCUUCAAAAAGACUGGCAAGCUAGUGUCUUUGAGUGAGCAGCAGUUGGUCGAUUGUUCUGGUGAUUUUGGCAACAUGGGCUGCAGUGGAGGCCUCAUGGACAAUGCCUUCAAGUACAUCCAGAAAAACGGGGGAAUCGACACAGAGGUGUCCUAUCCCUAUGAGGCUGAGGAUAAAAAAUGUCGCUUCAAUCCAGACAACAUUGGCGCCACGUGCACAGGUUACGUGGACGUGAAACAAGGCGAUGAGCGCGACCUCCGGAAGGCCGUGGCCACCGUUGGACCGGUGUCAGUCGCCAUUGAUGCUUCCCAUGAAUCCUUCCAGCUCUAUGACUCAGGCCUGUACGAUGAGCCCCAGUGCAGCACCUCUAGGUUGGACCACGGCGUGCUGGCUGUAGGUUAUGGCACAGACAACGGACAGGACUACUGGCUGGUCAAGAACAGCUGGGGUCUCUCAUGGGGCGACAAGGGCUACAUCAAGAUGAGCAGGAACAAAGGCAACCAGUGUGGAAUCGCUACUGCAGCUAGCUACCCCUUAGUGUGAACAGGGCCAGAACCAGGUGAACAAUGAUGGACAUUUUAGGUUGUAUUUCAGAGUGCAAUUGUAAAAACAUGUGAUCAAAUAAAAACCUGGUAUUAGAUGGUCUGUUUU